UGGAGACAGCGGUUUAAAGCAGAUCAAGUCAGUCCUGUCAGAACAAAUUGGUUUAUUUUUUUCAAGCGGGGCAAAACUGCGCUGUCCGUCAAGAAAAAUGAAAAAAUCAAAUAUACCGGCAAUUUGGGGGAAAUCCCGUCUUUGUCCUUUGGAGCAGCUCUCGGUGGUUAUGGAAAAUCUUGUGGAACCGCUUCUGUCUAAUCCAAGGAACCUUCAGGAUGUUCCUCAUGUUGUUUCUCAGGACAUCAUGCGACAUGUCCACGAUUUUAAAAACGAAGUGUUUGUCAUGGCUGCAAAAGUCAAAGGCAAAACUUACCUUCCUUUGCCUCAAGGAUUGGAGCAGCUUGAGCAAGUUGAUAAGAGUUUGCCUCGUGUGGAUAGAAGCCUUAUUUAUUCUAUGGAGACGGUUGUUAUUGCCUGGACUAAUCUGGUCUAUAAGGUCCUGAAGAAGGACUCGUCAGACCUGUUACUUGAGGGCAAAAACCCAACUCCACAUGCAGAGCUGAGCUUUUGGAAGAACAGGUUUGCGGAUCUUCAGGGUAUACACAGCCAGCUCCAGGCACCUAAAUUGGUCACAUUGGCUGAGCAUUUGGAUGCGAUAGACAGCAGUUAUUAUCCUGCUUUUGCAAAAAUGCUCCGUGAUGUUGCAGAAGCUCUAAAUGAGGCGAAAGAUAUCAAUGUCUACCUCAAGCCAAUGGAGAGACGUUUAGAAGAUCUGGAGAAUGCAGACUUCAGUGAGGUGAAGGGAAAGAUUCUUGCUCUCAUGCACACAGUGUGUCUGAUUUGGGCAAACUCCAAAUACUACAACAAACCAGCCCGAGUCAUAGUGCUUUUACAGAUGAUCUGCAACCUCCUCAUCCAGCAGGCCCGGGGUUUUCUGAACCCAGAUGACAUCCUGAAAGGUGAAGUGCAGGAGAGCCUUCUGCGAGUGCAGACUGCUGUAGAUGUGCUGACACAUUUUAGGAGCACAUACGAGGACAGAAGGACCAACCUGAGUCAGUACCAGAGGACUGAGUACCCGAUUAAGCCAUGGGAUUUCUCCCCCCUCAUGGUAUUUGUUGGGCUGGAUCACUUCAUAAAGAGGCUGAGAACAAUCGAAACUCUCCUGCUGACUUUAGUCGAUAUGAUGAAGCUAGAGAAGGUCCUGUUUGGAGGGAUUCAAGGAAAAUCUCUCAGCCAGAGAGUCCAGCACUUACAUAAAAUCUUCUUGGAGGACUACAGAACUUUCUCAGAGAAGCCGUAUGACUGCCUUGAUGUUAGUAAUUUGGAGUUUGAAGCAGAUUUAAUUAAGUUCCAGCUCAUGGUGGACAAUAUUGACCGGCAGUUGGGUGCAAUCUGUGGUCAUGCUUUUGAUGACGCUUCUGGAUUGGAGCACGCAUUCAAGGUUUUGGAUAUGUUUGGCAGACUGUUGGAACGACCCCUGAUAGCAGCUGAUGCUCAGACUAGAUAUCCAAGGCUGAUCAAAAUGUUUGACGAGGAUUUGGAAUGUUGCAAGAUGAUCUUCAAAAAGCAGAUGCAGAAAGAGGAAUCCCAGGGUUACUCCCCUGUCUACAAGAACAUGCCUUUGGUUGCUGGAGGCUUGAGAUUUGUCCAGGACUUGCAGGAACGCAUACAGAUCCCUUACAAUAACUUCAGAUUCAUCAACCACCCAUGUAUGGAGUCUGUGGAUGGAAAGGAGGUGAUCCAAAAAUAUGAUGAGCUGAUGGAGCAAUUCAAACGAUACUCCUCUAAACUGUAUGACUUCUGGACUAGCUCUGUGGCUGAGAAGUCACAGUUUAAUCUCCAAAAGCCGCUGAUAACUCGAGAGUGCGGCACAAAACUCAUCUAUGUCAACUUCAGCCCACAGCUGGCAUCAGUGCUGCGGGAGGUGAAGUACCUGGAGGCCAGCCAGGCUGAAGUCAUACCAGAUAUAGCUGCUGACAUUUAUUCCAAAAGGGAUAUGCUUUGGCAGUAUGUGACAAGUCUGGAGCUCAUAACCAACUGGUACAACAAAGUAAUGAGCACUGUGUUAGAGGUAGAGAUGCCACUGAUCCAGAACCAGCUGACAGAUAUUGAUGCCAAGCUCAAAGAAGCUGAGGAGAACCUCUGCUGGACAAGCCAAGAAAUUUGGAAAUACAUCCAGGACGUACGUGAGAUGGUACAUGACUUGGAGCAACGCCUACAGAGGACUAAGGACAAUGUUGAGGAGAUCCAGACUAUCAUGAAGAGCUGGACUACCCCAGUCUUUGAAAGGAAGGAGGGGAAGAAAGAUACUCUCUUAAACCUGGAUGAUAAGACAGAGCGUCUGGAGAAAACUUACAGCCAUAUCCGUGCCUCAGGAGCCAAGAUCCAUCUGUUACUGAAAGACAAUUUGUCACUUUUUAAAGCAGACCCGUCAUCUGCACAGUGGAGGAUUUAUGUGGAAUACGUUGAUGAAAUGCUCAUCGAUGGUUUCUUUGAUGCUAUUGAGAGCUCCCUCAAGUUCUUCAUAGAAAACACAGACCAGAAGGCUGGUUUAGACCCACUCUUCGAGGUCCGGCUAUGUCUGCAGGCUCCUGAGAUUGUAUUUCGUCCGUCUUUGGAGUUUGGUGCUUCAGGUGGCUUCUAUGAUCUGGUGGAGAGUCUCAUCAAUGAUGUCUUUAGGGUCUCCACUCUUAUGCCACGAUUAUCUGAGCACAUUGGUUUCCCACACUAUCAGGCUGAUAUGGAGGACAUGGCAGAUUUGAUGGAAAUGAGGCGUCUGCUGAUGAAUCGUGUGAAGAAAAUCAUGGAAAAGUGCCUUGAGUACCGUGACACCCUCGAACACUACGCCUACCUCUACGUGGAUGACAGAACAGAGUUUAUGCGGCAGUUCUUGCUUUAUGGUCACAUCCUCACGAGUGAAGAGAUUGAGGCCCACGCAGAACAUGAGGUCCCAGAAAACCCUCCGACUCUGGAACUUUUCCGUGAACAGGUGGACUCGUAUGAGCGAUUGUAUGAGGAAGUGCUGAAAUUGGAUCCCAUCCAUGUGUUUGAGGGAUGGAUGAGGGUUGAUGCACAUGCCUUUAAAUGUGCCCUGCUCAAUGUCAUCAAAAAGUGGAGCUCAAUGUUCAAAAAGCAUCUUAUUGAUCAUGUAACGAACAGUCUAUCUGACCUGGAAGAGUUCAUCAGAGUGACUGAGACUGGUUUUGGUAAGAAAGUGGAGGAGGGAGACUAUAACGGUCUGAAGGAGAUCAUGGGUUACCUGAUGGCGGUAAAAGAACGGCAGAGCAUUACAGAUGAGAUGUUUAAGCCUCUGCAGCACACCAUUGAUCUGCUGAAGACUUAUGAACAGGAACUCCCAGAUAUAGUUUACAAGCAGCUAGAGAUGCUGCCAGAGAAGUGGAACAACAUGAAAAAGCAGGCUGUGGUGGUGAAGCAGCAUGUUGCCCCACUGCAGGCUAGCGAGGUGGCUAACUUGCGCAGGAAAUGUGCCACGUUCGAUGUGGAGCAGUAUACCUUCAGGGAGCAGUUUCGCAAGAAUGACUUCUUCAGUUUUGACUGUGUGAAUCCGCAUGAGAUGCUGGACACAGCACACAAACAAAUUCAGGAGAUGGAAACUAUGAUGGCUGGGCUUAUUGAGAUGGCUAAUCUCUUUGAAGUCAACAUAUCAGACUAUAAACAGCUGAAACAGUGCCAAAAAGAGCUGCCCAUUCUCAAGGAAUUGUGGGAUCUGGUCUUGGUGGUCCAGUCUUGUUUGGAAGCAUGGCAGAAGACGCCCUGGAGACAGAUCAACGUGGAUGACAUGGAGAUGGAGUGCAAGCGUUUCUCCAAAGAGCUCCGUGCGCUGGACAAAGAGGCUCGCUCGUGGGACGCCUUCACUGGGCUUGACGGUACUGUAAAGAACACUCUGAUCUCGCUGAGAGCUGUCGCCGAGCUCCAGAACCCAGCCAUCCGACCGCGUCACUGGUUGCAGCUGAUGAACGCCACUGGCGUGCACUUCACCAUGGACCAAGACACCACGCUGGCAGACCUGCUUCGCCUCAACUUACACCACUUUGAGGAUGAUGUGAGGAGCAUCGUCGACCGGGCAGUGAAGGAGAUGGGCAUGGAGAAGGUGCUUGGUGAGCUGGACACGACCUGGACCAGUAUGACGUUCGACUUUGAGCCUCACCCACGUACAGAGAUUCCUCUGUUGAAGACCAAUGAAGAACUAAUUGAAACACUGGAAGACAACCAGGUGCAGCUGCAGAACCUCAUGACUUCGAAGUACAUCUCGUUCUUCUUGGAGGAGGUUUCGACGUGGCAGCAAAAGCUCUCGGUGACUGACUCUGUGAUCUCCAUCUGGUUUGAAGUGCAGAGGACUUGGUGUCACUUGGAGAGCAUCUUUAUCGGAUCGGAUGACAUUCGCUCUCAGCUACCAGAGGAUUCCAAACGCUUUGAAGGUAUCGAUACUGAUUUUAAAGAGUUGACACAUGAUGCCAGAAAAACACCGAACGUUGUGGAGGCCUCCAAUAAACCUGGGCUCUACAGCAAACUAGAGGACAUGCAGAGCAGAUUGUCUCUUUGUGAAAAAGCCCUGGCUGAGUAUCUGGACACCAAACGCUUGGCCUUUCCACGCUUCUACUUCAUCUCCUCAGCUGACCUGCUAGACAUCCUGUCCAGUGGCACUGACCCACACCAGGUUCAGAAGCAUCUGUCAAAGUUGUUUGACAACAUGGCAAAGUUGAAGUUUGAAACGGAUGGAGAUGGCAAUCAAACAAAGAUGGGGCUGGGCAUGUUCAGUAAGGAGGAGGAGUACGUUCCCUUCAGUCAGCCCUGUGACUGCACUGGGCAGGUGGAAGUGUGGCUGAACCGUGUUUUGGACACCAUGCGUGCCACUGUGCGUCAUGAGAUGACUGAGGCGGUCUCGGCCUAUGAAGAGAAGCCCAGGGAACAGUGGCUGUUCGACUACCCAGCCCAGGUCGCUCUUACCUGCACUCAGAUCUGGUGGACGACCGAUGUAGGUAUUGCUUUCUCCGGACUGGAGGAUGGAAAUGAGAAUGCAAUGAAGGAAUACUAUAAAAAGCAAGUGAAUCAGUUAAACACUCUCAUCACCAUGCUGAUUGGCCAGCUCACUCCUGGAGACCGGCAGAAAGUCAUGACCAUCUGUACCAUUGACGUCCAUGCGAGAGACGUGGUGGACAAAAUCAAUAAGCAAAAGGUGGAGAACUCUCAGGCCUUUCUUUGGCUGUCCCAACUCCGGCAUCGCUGGGGCGAGAGAGAGAAGCACUGCUUCGCAAACAUUUGCGAUGCCCAGUUCCUCUAUUCAUAUGAGUAUCUGGGCAACACUCCACGAUUAGUAAUCACACCACUCACAGACAGAUGUUACAUCACACUGACCCAGUCGCUGCAUCUGGUCAUGAGCGGAGCCCCGGCUGGUCCUGCCGGCACAGGCAAAACCGAGACCACUAAGGACCUGGGCCGAGCCCUGGGCAUCAUGGUCUACGUAUUCAACUGCUCGGAGCAGAUGGACUACAAGUCAUGUGGCAACAUCUAUAAAGGCCUGGCGCAAACUGGAGCCUGGGGCUGCUUCGAUGAGUUCAACAGGAUCUCGGUGGAGGUGCUGUCUGUGGUGGCAGUGCAGGUCAAAAGUAUUCAAGAUGCCAUUCGAGACAAGAAGAAGAGGUUUAACUUCAUGGGUGAGGAUGUAAACCUGGUCCCUUCGGUGGGCAUCUUCAUCACUAUGAACCCCGGCUAUGCCGGCAGGACUGAGCUGCCAGAAAAUCUCAAGGCUCUCUUCAGGCCAUGUGCGAUGGUGGUGCCAGACUUUGAGCUCAUCUGUGAGAUCAUGUUGGUGGCUGAGGGUUUCAUCGAGGCUCGACUUUUGGCCAGAAAAUUCAUCACUCUCUAUCAGCUCUGCAAGGAGUUGCUCUCCAAACAGGAUCACUAUGACUGGGGUCUGCGGGCCAUUAAGUCAGUGCUAGUAGUGGCCGGUUCCCUGAAGAGAGGAGAUCCACAUAGACCGGAGGACCAGGUGCUGAUGAGAGCCCUGAGAGACUUCAAUGUCCCAAAGAUCGUGACCGAUGACAUGCCUGUCUUCAUGGGCCUCAUCGGGGACCUUUUCCCUGCUCUUGAUGUGCCACGCAAAAGGGACAUGGACUUUGAGAAAUUUGUCAAGCAGUCUGUGUUGGAUCUCAAACUGCAGGCCGAGGAUAACUUUGUGCUCAAGGUGGUUCAGCUGGAGGAGCUGCUGGCUGUCCGUCACUCCGUGUUUGUGGUGGGAAACGCCGGCACCGGCAAGUCCCAGAUCCUUAAAUCCCUCCACAGGACAUAUCAGAUCAUGAAGCACAGGGUCGUCUGGGCCGAUCUUAACCCUAAAGCAGUCACCAACGACGAGCUGUUCGGUAUUAUCAAUCCAGCCACGCGCGAGUGGAAAGACGGACUGUUUUCUAAUAUCAUGCGUGAGCUGGCCAACAUCAAUCACGCUGGGCCCAAGUGGAUUGUCCUGGAUGGCGAUAUCGAUCCAAUGUGGAUUGAGUCACUGAACACAGUAAUGGAUGAUAACAAGGUGCUGACUCUGGCCAGUAAUGAGCGGAUUCCUCUGAACCCGACCAUGAGGCUGGUGUUUGAGAUCAGCCACCUCCGCACGGCCACUCCAGCGACGGUCUCCAGAGCCGGCAUUCUGUACAUCAACCCUGCUGACUUGGGCUGGAAUCCACCUGUGUCAAGCUGGAUUGACCAGAGAGAAGUCCAGUCGGAGAAGGCCAAUCUGACCAUUCUGUUUGACAAGUACCUCCCAUCAUGCCUCGAUACUCUCAGGUCAAGAUUUAAGAAGAUCAUCCCUGUUCCUGAGCAGAGUUUGGUGCAAAUGCUGUGCUACCUCCUGGAGUGUCUCCUCGUCCCAGAAAACACUCCUCCAGACAGCCAUAAGGAUCUCUACGAGCUCUACUUCGUCUUCGCCGCUGUCUGGGCCUUCGGAGGGACCAUGUUCCAGGACCAGCUCGUGGAUUACAGGGUGGAAUUCAGUAAGUGGUGGGUGACAGAGUUCAAAAGCGUGAAGUUUCCGGCUCAAGGCACCGUAUUCGAUUACUACAUUGAUCCCGAGAGCAAAAAAUUUGAGCCAUGGUCAAAAAUGGUUCCGAAUUUUGAGAUGGAUCCUGACAUACCUCUGCAGGCCUGCCUAGUCCACACUACAGAGACCAUCCGCGUGCGCUACUUCAUGGACAGACUGCUGGAGAGGCGGCGGCCCGUCAUGCUGGUGGGCAACGCUGGCACCGGAAAAUCUGUUCUGGUGGGAAACAAGCUCGGCUCCUUGGACCCAGACAAAUAUGCCAUCAAAAACGUCCCCUUCAACUACUAUACCACAUCAGCCAUGUUACAGGCUGUUUUAGAGAAGCCCUUAGAGAAGAAGGCAGGCAGGAACUACGGGCCACCCGGCAGCAAGCGGCUAAUUUACUUCAUCGAUGACAUGAACAUGCCAGAGGUGGACGAGUACGGCACGGUCCAGCCUCACACCCUGAUCCGUCAGCACAUGGACUACAACCACUGGUACGACAGGAGCAAGCUGCAGCUGAAGGAGAUCCACAACGUGCAGUAUGUGUCCUGCAUGAAUCCCACCUCCGGCAGCUUCACCAUCAACCCCCGCCUACAGAGGCAUUUCUCGGUGUUUGCGCUCUCCUUCCCUGGAGUGGACGCACUGAACACCAUCUACUGCAGCAUCUUAAACCAGCACCUGCGCAGCGAGGGAUUCGCAGCGGUUCUGCAGAAGAGCAGCUCACAGCUGGUCAAGCUGGCACUCGAUUUCCAUCACCGCAUCACCACCACCUUCCUUCCCACCGCCAUCAAGUUCCACUACAUCUUCAAUCUCCGUGAUCUCUCCAACAUAUUCCAGGGCAUCCUCUUCUGCACCAGUGAGUGUGUGCGGAGUCCUCAGGACAUGCUUAAGAUUUACCUUCACGAGUCCAACCGAGUUUACCGCGACAAGAUGGUAGAGGACAAAGAUUUUGCCCUCUUUGACAAGCUACAGUCAGACACAGUGAAAAAGUUAUAUGAGGAUAUGGAAGAGACCCUGGAGGAGGCCAAGGCAAUGAAUAUGUACUGCCACUUCGCCACAGGCAUUGGCGAACCCAAAUACAUGCCAGUGCAAUCCUGGGGGAGCCUGAACAAAAUCUUGCUGGAAGCACUUGAAAGUUACAAUGAAGUUAAUCCGGCUCUGAACCUUGUUCUUUUUGAGGAUGCCAUGUCUCAUAUCUGCCGUAUCAAUCGGAUCUUGGAGUCUCCGCGGGGAAACGCUCUGCUGGUGGGAGUGGGAGGCAGCGGGAAGCAGAGCCUGACGAGGCUGGCGGCAUUCAUUAGCUCCCUGGAGGUCUUUCAAAUCACGCUGAAGAAAGGAUACGGCAUCCCUGAUCUAAAGAGCGAUUUGGGCGCGUUGUACAUUAAAGCUGGCGUGAAGAAUAUUGGCACGGUGCUCCUCAUGACAGAUGCCCAGGUCGCAGAUGAGAAGUUCCUAGUGUUGGUGAAUGACCUUUUAGCAUCUGGUGAAAUCCCUGACCUGUUCCCUGACGACGAGGUGGAGAACAUCAUUGCUUCUUUAAGGAAUGAAGUGCGUGGCCAGGGUCUGUUGGACACCAGGGAAAACUGUUGGAAGUUCUUCAUCGACCGCGUCCGUAGGCAACUCAAAGUGGCGCUCUGUUUUUCUCCAGUGGGCAGUAAGCUCAGGGUGCGCAGCAGAAAGUUUCCCGCGGUGGUGAACUGCACUGCCAUCGACUGGUUCCACGAGUGGCCACAGGAGGCGCUGGAGUCAGUCAGUCUGCGCUUCCUACAGGACGUGGAGAACAUUCAGCCUGAGGUGAAGGACUCUGUGAGUAAGUUCAUGGCUUACGUACAUGUGAGCGUCAACAAGACCUCGAAAGACUACCUGACCAAUGAGCGGCGGUAUAACUACACCACGCCCAAGUCCUUCCUGGAGCAGAUUAAGCUUUACGGGAACCUGCUGGCGCUCAAGAGGAAUGAUCUCACAUCGAAGAUGGAGCGGCUGGAAAAUGGCCUGGAGAAGCUCAAUAGCACCACAGCUCAGGUGGACGACCUGAAGGCCAAGCUUGCAGCACAGGAAGUGGAGCUGAAACUGAAGAAUGAGAAUGCAGACAAACUGAUCCAGGUUGUGGGAGUGGAGGCGGAGAAGGUGGCACGGGAGAAGACGGUGGCUGAUGAAGAGGAGCGGAAAGUGGCAUGCAUCGCAGAGGAAGUGACGCGCAAACAGCGAGACUGUGAGGAGGACCUGGCUAAAGCCGAACCUGCACUCAUAGCAGCUCAAGAGGCUCUGAACACUCUCAACAAGAACAAUCUGACCGAGCUCAAGUCUUUCGGUUCUCCUGUAGCCGCUGUAACCAACGUCACAGCCGCUGUCAUGGUCCUUGCAGCUCCUGGCGGCCGCGUUCCCAAAGACCGCAGCUGGAAGGCCGCAAAAGUGAUGAUGGCUAAGGUUGACAACUUCCUUGAUUCCUUGAUCAAUUUCAAAAAGGAAAACAUUCAUGAGAACUGUCUCAAAGCCAUCCAGCCGUACCUGCAGGAUCCAGACUUCAAGCCUGAACUGGUAGCAGCCAAAUCUAAUGCUGCGGCGGGCCUCUGCUCCUGGGUCAUCAACAUCGUGAAGUUUUAUGAGGUCUACUGUGAGGUCGAGCCCAAGAGACAAGCCCUGAACAAAGCCAAUGCAGAGCUCGCUGCUGCACAGGAGAAGCUCUCUGUCAUCAAGGCAAAAAUCAACCAACUUAAUGAGAACUUGGCGAAGCUGACAGCAAAGUUUGAGAAAGCCACAGAAGACAAGCUGAGGUGCCAGCAGGAGGCCGAGACCACGGCGCGCACAAUCGCUCUAGCCAACCGACUGGUUGGCGGUCUGGCAUCUGAGAACGUGCGCUGGGCAGAGGCGGUGAAGAACUUCAAGCAUCAGGAGGAGACUCUGUGUGGAGACGUGCUCCUGAUCACUGCCUUUGUCUCUUAUCUGGGAUAUUUCACCAAACGCUACCGCCUGGAACUGAUGGACAAUGCCUGGAGGCCCUACCUCAGCCAGCUCAAGGUGCCCAUCCCGGUCACUCCAGGUUUGGACCCGCUGACCAUGCUGACGGAUGACGCUGACAUUGCAACCUGGCAGAAUGAAGGGUUGCCGGCAGACAGAAUGUCCACUGAGAAUGCCACCAUCCUCACCAAUUGCGAGCGAUGGCCUCUCAUGGUGGAUCCACAGCUGCAGGGAAUCAAAUGGAUCAAAAACAGAUACGGAGAUGACCUGCGUAUCAUCAGGAUCGGGCAAAGAGGGUAUCUGGACUCCAUUGAGAGGGCAUUAUCUGUAGGUGAAGUCGUCCUCAUUGAGAAUUUAGAAGAGACAGUCGAUCCGGUACUCGGUCCACUGCUCGGUCGUGAAACUAUAAAGAAAGGAUGCUACAUAAAGAUUGGUGACAAGGAGUGCGAGUACAACCCCAGUUUCCGUCUGAUCCUUCACACCAAGCUGGCAAACCCUCACUACCAGCCCGAGCUUCAGGCUCAGUGUACGCUGGUCAACUUCACUGUGACGCGGGAUGGCCUGGAGGACCAGCUGCUGGCUUCUGUGGUCAGCAUGGAGAGACCCGACCUGGAGGAACUCAAGUCAAACCUUACAAAGCAACAGAACGGCUUCAAAAUCACAUUAAAAACUCUGGAGGACAACCUGCUCUCACGCCUCUCCUCAGCAUCCGGAAACUUCCUCGGAGACAUUGAACUGGUGGAGAACUUGGAGAUUACCAAACGAACAGCGGCAGAGAUUGAAGACAAGGUGAAGGAGGCCAAGGUGACGGAGGCUGAGAUCAAUGACGCAAGAGAACACUACCGUCCGGCGGCGGCCCGAGCCUCGCUCUUGUACUUCAUCAUGAAUGACCUCAAUAAAAUACAUCCCAUGUACCAGUUCUCUCUCAAGGCCUUCAGCGUUGUGUUUCAAAAGGCUGUACUGAAAGCCGAGCCAGAUGAGACCUUGAAGCAGCGGGUCGUAAAUCUGAUUGACAGCAUCACGUCCUCUGUGUUCCAGUACACCACCCGCGGGCUCUUCGAGUGUGACAAACUCACCUACACCGCCCAGCUGGCCUUCCAAGUCUUGCUCAUGAGUAAAGAGAUCAAUCCCAGAGAGCUGGACUUCCUGUUGCGGUACCCGGUGCAGCCAGGAGUGACGUCACCGGUGGACUUCCUGUCCGAUCACUCCUGGGGCGGGAUUAAAUCUCUCUCUGCCAUGGAGGAGUUUCAUAACCUUGACCGGGACAUUGAAGGCUCGGCUAAACGCUGGAAGAAGUUUGUAGAGUCCGAGUGUCCGGAGAAAGAGAAGUUCCCUCAAGAGUGGAAGAAUAAGACGUCAAUGCAGCGGCUGUGCAUGAUGAGAGCGUUGCGUCCUGACAGAAUGACCUACGCUGUCAGAGAUUUUGUGGAGGAGAAGCUGGGCAGUAAAUAUGUGAUGGGACGCUCAGUGGACUUCGCCGUGUCUUAUGAGGAGUCGGGAGCCGCCACACCCAUGUUCUUCAUCCUGUCUCCUGGAGUCAACCCACUGAAGGAUGUGGAGAAACACGGAAGAACACUGGGAUACACAUUCGACAACAAGAAUUUCCACAACGUCUCGCUGGGCCAGGGACAGGAAGUGGUGGCAGAACAGGCUCUGGAUAUUGCAGCGAGAGAGGGACACUGGGUGAUUUUACAGAAUAUCCAUUUGGUCUCUAAAUGGCUGGGAACUCUCGAGAAGAAGCUGGAGCAGCUUGCGGAGGGCAGCCACCAGAACUUCAGGGUCUUCAUCAGCGCAGAGCCAUCAUCCUCGCCCGAUAGCCACAUCAUUCCACAGGGCAUCCUGGAGAACUCCAUCAAAAUCACCAACGAGCCACCGACGGGAAUGCAUGCUAACCUGCACAAAGCCCUGGAUAACUUCAAUCAGGAUACUCUAGAGAUGUGUGCCCGCGAGAAUGAGUUCAAGAGCAUUCUGUUCGCCCUGUGCUACUUCCAUGCAGUGGUGGCGGAGCGGAGGAAGUUCGGCCCUCAGGGCUGGAACAGGAGCUACCCAUUCAACACAGGAGACCUGACCAUCUCUGUCAACGUGCUGUACAACUAUCUGGAGACCAACAGCAAGGUGCCCUAUGAUGAUUUGCGCUACCUCUUCGGGGAGAUCAUGUACGGCGGUCACAUCACUGAUGACUGGGACCGCAGGCUCUGCCGUACUUAUCUGGAAGAGUACAUCAAGCCAGAGAUGAUGGACGGAGAGCUGUACCUUGCGCACGGCUUCCGUCUGCCUGGAAACACAGACUACAAUGGUUAUCAUCAGUACAUUGAUGCUGCUCUUCCGGCUGAGUCUCCGUACCUGUACGGCCUUCACCCGAAUGCUGAGAUCGGCUUCCUAACGCAGACGUCAGAGAAGCUCUUCCGCACCGUGCUGGAGAUGCAGCCCAGAGACGGAGGCUCCGGAGAGGGAAUGGCCGGCUCGUGCGAUGAGAAGGUGAAAGCUGUGCUUGAUGAGAUUCUGGAGAAGCUUCCGGAAGAGUUCAAUAUGGCGGAGAUGAUGGGGAAGGUGGAGGAAAGAACGCCGUAUAUUGUUGUGGCGUUUCAGGAGUGUGAGCGCAUGAAUGUCCUGACACAAGAGAUCAAACGUUCUCUAAAAGAGCUCAAUCUGGGCCUGAAGGGUGAGCUCACGAUGACCACUGACAUGGAGAAUUUACAGAAUGCCAUCUACCUGGACCAAGUGCCCGACUCUUGGACCAAGCGCGCCUAUCCAUCCAUGUCUAGUCUGGCCAUCUGGUUCAUGGACCUCCUGAACCGGAUCAGAGAGCUGGAGACCUGGACCUCUGACUUCAGCCUGCCCUCCGUGGUUUGGCUAGCUGGCUUCUUCAACCCUCAGUCCUUCCUCACGGCAAUCAUGCAAUCCAAUGCCCGCCGUAACGAGUGGCCGCUGGACCGAAUGAGCCUGCAGUGUGAUGUGACCAAAAAGAGCCGCGAGGACUUCAGCGCUCCACCCAGAGAGGGCGCCUACAUCCACGGGCUGUUCAUGGAGGGUGCACGAUGGGACACACAGGCUGGAAUUAUAGUGGACGCCCGUCUGAAGGAGCUCAUGCCCAUGAUGCCAGUGAUUUUCAUAAAAGCAAUUCCUGUGGACAAACAGGACGCACGAAGUCUGUACCAGUGUCCCGUGUAUAAGACCAGACAGCGCGGACACACAUACAUCUGGACAUUCAACCUAAAGACGAAAGACAGUCCAUCCAAAUGGACCUUAGCUGGAGUUGCACUACUGCUUCAGAUAUAACCACUAGCUGCUGCUGAUUAUUUUUUAUUUAUAUAAUAUUAUUUUAGUUUUUAUAUAUAAGUAUUAAAUAGUAUUUUCUUCAUUUGUUGUGAAGAUGUUUCAUUAGUUUCAUUUAAAAAUUUCAUUAAAGUUUCAUUAAAAGCACUUUGACCAAA